AGUUUGACCAUUGAGUACCUAAUAUAAUCUUAAUAAAAUUGACAAAAAAGAUCUAAUGUAUUUUAAUUACUUUUACGAAAAUUGUUGUCGAAAAUACAUAUGUAUGUUAUUGUCCUUAUUAAAAUUUCUACAACGGUAUCCGCACGCAUCUGCAACAUUCCUAACAACUAUAAUAGGGAAACCACAAAAAAAAAAUGUAUAUUAAUUAUUAUGUAGCAAGAAAUCGAUCUAGCUAGGCAUAAUUUCUAAGAAAAUUCGUUUUCUCCGAGGUUUUACGCACCCAGCAACUGACUGUGCAAAAUAAUUAGCAAUUUCGUAAAUAGUCCAAUGGUUAGAGCGUUGGUCUGCCACGCCGAAGUGCGCGAGUUCGAAUCCUGCAAUAUGGUAAAAAUUUUUUGUCUUUUUUUCAUUUGUCUUGAGCAGAUGCUAAAAAUAUAAAACGAAAUGGCCAAUUAAGACACUCCCACCAUCAGCAUCGUAUUAGUUUUUCUUACUGAUCAAAAAAAUAACAGGUUUCCUAUGAGUAAUUCGAAAAAAUGAAAUCGAAAAACAUAAAAAUACCCCGUUUCAACACGUACGAUCGCGAAUUUAAGCAAAAGGUGAUACUGUACGCCGAACAGCAAAGCACAAGGGAAGCUCAGCGAAAAUAUGGAAUACCGGAGUCGAACGUGCGACGCUGGCGUCGUUUGAGAGACACCAUUUUCGCAAAAGACACCACACCAGCCGUGUCUAUCAUAAAAAAGAAAGACAAAAAGAAGAAACACUCGAAAAACUCGAAGAAAUCGAAUAAGAAAUUCGCGUAUCAAAUCGAGAAUGUGAUGCUCCAAGACUACGAAUUCAAUAACGAUAGCAGUAGCUUAGACUCUGUACCGUUGACUCAGAGGAUAGCGUCAACAAGUUCAAGUAUGACGCCAACAAACCCCGUAGAACAGCAGUUGCACAGCCAGCCGCUGUCACCCACCAAACUAAAAGUCACCCGACAAGCAACCGCGAAAACCCCCAAGUUCCAACCGAUCGCUCCCAAACCCACGGAAAACAUCACCAUACCGCCCGCCUCCGAAGAAGUUUGUCUUAGAUGGAACAGCCAUCAUAACAAUAUGCAAACUUCGUUCCCAUAUUUACUAAAGAGGGAACAAUUCGUCGAUGUCACCCUCGUAGCGGAGGGUCAAAUGAUUAAAUGUCACAGGGUGAUAUUGUCGUCUUGUAGUUCCUAUUUCGAAAAAAUUUUGGAAAGUAUAGACCACCAUCAACAUCCUGUCAUAUUUUUAAAAGACAUCCCCUAUUGGGUCCUGAAAUCUCUAACUGAAUUUAUGUACGUCGGGGAAGUCAACAUAGUGCAAACGAAAUUGCAAGAGUUAUUAGAAGCUGCAGAAAUUCUAAAGAUAAAAGGUUUGGCCGGCAAAUCGACAACCCAAAACACGACUGCCCACAAAACGGUUUCCGAAAUUCCAAAACUUUUCGAAAAAACGUCGCGACCAUCGCACCCACCCGUCCUCGAACCCCAGGUGAAGCCCGUGCCGAAGCCUUUGAUCGUGAAACGGGUCACCGACGAAGACAACAGACGAACGACAACCACCCCAGCGUACGUAAAACCGGCCGUGUUACCCCUCGAGCAGUUACCCAUUACCGAUCCCCUGGCCCUCCUCGAACCCACGUACCAGGAAGAGACGCGACGGCAAGAAGAACUACCGGCAGUCGUCAAACAACGGGAACAUAUCAAGACCAUUCCCAAACGGACCAUUGGGAAGAAACUAAGGAAACGAAAAGGACCUGAGAUUGAUGAGUCCCACAUACCCCUUCGAAUGAGAAGGGGAACGAGAUCGCGUCCCAACGUGAAGAUCCCGAGGUACUAUCACAAUUUCGAGACGCCGGUGGAGUCGGAUCCCCUAAUAGACACGACCAGUAUCAAGUCAGAACCCAUCGAUGAAGAUUUUGAACCGGAGGUGCAAGCAAGAUCGCCGACACCGCCCCCCAGGACCAUAAGACGUAUCGUCCGAACGGCCGAAAACAACGAAGACGUUCUCAUCACUGGAAUCGAAGCAGACCGUGUGAUGCUGAUGACAAACAAUGUCGAAACGUCCAGGGAAAAGACCAUAGUUCCCUUCGUGAUAACGUCUCAAGCCGAGGAAACGGCGAAAGAGAAAGGUCUCCAAGACGAAGACCCGGACAUAAUAGUGGAAGUGGAAGAAAGGACCGUGUCAGAUGACGAUGACGACGACGACGACGAGGGUGGCAUUCUGGAGAUUGACGAACGAGACCAAGACGGUACCAUUAUGGAAGAAAAACCAACCAGCGACAACCAAGAAGACGAACAUGUGCUGAACGAAGAAUGCGAAGAUGGCACACGCGACGCGGGGAUCGACAUCGAAGAAACGGUCGUCCAGAACAUGGACACUUCCGCCAAGAACGACAAUAAAAAGCAAGAAGAAGAAAACAAACAAAUCGCAAACUUACAAAUAACGGACAUCGUUUCGCUGAAUGAAGAAGAUAACAGCAAGGACGUCGUCGACAAGGUGGAAUUAUUGGAAGAAGUUGUCAAUAAGGAAUAACGGGAAGGAAAAAUAUUGUUCGAAGAAAAAAAGUUUCAUUGAAGUUUUCACGUUAAAUAAAUAAUAAUAAUAAUAAUACCUACUAAGUGUAAUAUUAUUAGCAUGAAUAAAAAUGUUUUUUAGUUUACCUUA